AUGCUAGUGAAGCUUUUGCUCAUCUGUAAUACAAUAGCAUUGGCAAAGCUGGUCAAACACUCAGACCAUCAUGGGUAUCGUGCUGGUUCAGUGCACAGCUCGAAGCCACAAAUUUAUGAGACCUCUGCAUACCCCCAGAGGACUCCUCUGUCGCAUGAGGAAGAAGGUUAUUGGGAAGCAGAAAGGCUCAGGGAGGAUACUCAAGAUUACCCUUCAAGCGUGAUCUCCUCACAUCGGGAAGAGAGAGAGGAUUUUGAAGCUGCAAGCCCACAGUCCCGAAAUGGGAACUGGUGCUCCUUCAUGCAGUCCCGGCUGGUAACAUACAUAGAAGCCUGCAUGAAGGAGAAGUACAUUGUCAACUCCCAACAGCCCUGUCUAAACGGAGCACCAGACUGCCAGAAGAUCAUGUACAGGACAGCUCUGAAGCCAGUCUAUCAAGUGAAACAGAAGGUUUUGAAGUCUUUGCAGUGGAAAUGCUGCCCUGGAUUUAUUGGCAAGGACUGUGAACAGCGUGAUCCCAAUUUUAUUCUGGUGCCACAAAAUCAAACUGAAGGACGGGAAGAGGAGUUCUCAAACCACAUGUCAACAUCAGUGGAUUCAAGAAAAAUGUUGGAAGUCAUUCAAAAUCAUGAGGCUUUACUGGAUGAUCUUCAAAGUGAUAUUCAUCAAGCAGUCAGCAACUUAGGUGACUUACAGAGAAUAUUUGAAAACAACGGUACAAGCAUGGUGUUAGAAGUGAACCAGAGCAAUUCAGAUCUACAGGAAAGACUUCUGCAGCAGGUUUUGUUUCCCCAUGUGGAGAAUUUUCUAAGGAAACAUUUUAACCCAAUGUGGACAAGCUUCAACAGAAGCUUACAGAACCUCUCAAACAUGGUAAGAAACCUGUCCCAUGACGUGGAAGCCAACAAGAAAAGCAUAGAAAGAUUCCAAGAGAGCACUGUGCCCAAGAAGGAAUUCCAGGAGCUGGGAACUAAGUUUGAAUCAAAAGUCCAAGAAAAUGUAGUGAAAGUUGAUCAGGUGAAAAGAGAUAUAGAGAACCGAUUGCAAAUGCAGCAGGCUAGUAUUCACUAUAAUCUCACCAUGAUCAAGGCAGAUACCGACACAAAGCUCAAGAAGUUUCAUAAGAUACAGCAGUCCCACUUCUUAGCUUUGAACAGCAGCAUAUCAAACAUGAAACAAGAGCAAAACAAUCUUGAAAAUAAAUUUGAGACUUUGAAAAAAAAUUUAACAGAACUCUCCUCACAUCAUGGUCCCAAAGAUGAAAAUACCCAGUUAACCAUCAGACAAAUAAAUGACGUUCUGGCAGGGCAUGCAAAGCAGCUUAAAGAACUUUACAUGGAGUCAGAUGUGGCCUUUCAGAAUAUUGCAGUUUUAGAAAGGUGGUUUAAAGAGUUAAAAAAAAAUAUCUCAAAGUAUAGGCCAGAGGAUCUUACAAUAACUUUAAUGGAGAAAUCGGUUAUUAUGGAAGAAAACAAAGCAGCAAUGGAAAGGCAGGUAUCAGAGCUUAACUAUACUCUCUCAAAUCUUCGGGAAAACUAUUCAGAUCUGUUGAGGUACAUGGAGGAAUGUAAUUGCCAGAGAAUAUCUUCUGACACUGACGUACUGGAGGAAGAUUUAAAGAAUAUCACUUAUUCCCUUGAAGGCACCCAAUCAACUUUAAAAGAUAUGAAGCACUUAGAGUCAGUUUUCAGAGAUCUCUUGAGGAAUGAAAUUGAAGAGCUCUCCUCAGCUUUUCCAUCUAUCCAUCAGUCCCUUAAUCUCCGUCAAGAAGAAAACAGACAGCUUCAGUCGCAAGUUACGGCUUUUUCAGAAGACAUAGGCUUCUUGAAGAAGAAAGAUGAAGAGAUUCAUCGACACAUCAAGUAUCUCAACAGUUCUUUCGUCUCUCUUUUGGAAGAUGCCAUGCGGCAUGAAGCAGCACUGGAGGCUUUACUGGGAGAAGAAUUUAUGGAAGUCUUGUUUGAAGAAGAUCCUAGUAUCCUAAUAUCAUCAGUAUUUCAGCUGCAAGAAUCUCUCAGACAUAUCUCUGAUAAACUCCAAGAACAAAAUAGGACUUUAGAAUCUCUUAUAAAGAGAUCUCAUCUCUUGGAGAGAGGUCAACAGAAUAAUCAUGAUGCUCGUACAUCUCCUAAGCAUCCCAAAGAAGAAACGCAAACAUCCUCUACUCUAGAUGAAGUUAGUAGUCAACACAGCAUCGUAGAACAUAUGGAACCCAACUAUGAGGCUGCCAAAGAUGACUCCUUGGAUAGCUCAGCUUAUAACGAUAUCAUGACUCUGAAGAAUGAUAUCAAACACCUGAGCCUGGCAAUUAAGAGGCAUGAAUCCAGAAGUGACAUGAAUCUUUGCUGCAAUCACACAAUAGCAAAUGUAAUUGAGCCACUCAACAUUUCUGUGGAAAUUCUCUCAUCAGAUUUAGCAACCAUCAAGCGGAAGCUGGAGGAACAUCUGCUGAUUUUUAAAAAGCUGUUUGGAAGCAAUGAAGAUUUAGUUGCCUCAAAUAUAAGUCUGGAUGUUGCAAAGAUUCAGUCAAUGCUGACCAGAAAAGUGAGAAGGCAACAGAAAGGUCAAGACAAGCAGAGAGACAAGAAAAAGCCCGAGAAGCACAGAGAAAAUACACAAAUGAUAAGUGGAAGAAAUACAGUGCAGACAGAACUUUUGGAAAAAGACUCACUGGUGGCAUUCCAUGUGGGAUUCUCAGAAAGAAAGGAUAAAGAAAAGACUCUGAGGUUUAAUGAAACUUACAUCAAUUAUGGAAACAGCUAUUUCCCUGAACAUGGCUACUUUAAAGCACCACAUAAAGGUGUCUACCUGUUUGUGAUCUCUGUGGAGUUCAGCUCAGGACCAGCAUUAGGACAACUCUCCUUUAGCCGUGGGUACAAAAGAACUCUUGCAAGUAGUCAGAGGAAAACACCAAAUGGAAACACCAUGACAACUUUUGCUAUGGCAGAAAUGGAGAAGGGGGAGAAAGUAUGCUUCGAAUUGCUGCAGGGCUCUCUAGUGAAACGGAGUCCACCUGGGACAACAAUGGGUGGAUUCCUAAUAUUUAAAACUUGAAUAGUGACAUUUUGUUUUACUGAUAUCUUCCAUAGAUGCAAUGGAUCAAUUCACUAUUGCUUCAUCUGUGAUGUAUUCAAUCCUACUGCAUGUGUUUAAACAUAGCACUACCC